UCCAAUAACAACAACACCACAAGGCCAAUAGAUCAUAACCAUCAAAAUUAACACACUCACACACAAGAAACAACAGUAUAAUAUCACAGCACAACACAACACAACACAGUCAUUCUUUCCUUCACUCACUCACUCACUCACCAUAUCUCAUGCCAAAUCAAAACCAUGACUGACCCUUCCACCACCCCAAUACCACCUCCACCAAUCAAUAUCCCCGACCCCCACCACCACCACCACCACAACCACCACCUACCCCUCCUCCACGGCACCACCACCGCACCCCCAUUACCCUCCUCCUCCUCCGCUCCCAGAGACUACCGCAAGGGAAACUGGACCAUCCAAGAAACACUAAUCCUCAUCACCGCCAAGAAGCUAGACGAUGAACGCCGCCUCAAAGCCUCAUCACCACCACCACCACCAACAACAACAACAACCCCACACGACCCUUCCACCACACCAAGACCUUCCCCCGCUGCAUGUUCCGCCGCCAGCAGCAGCAGAACAAGCGGUGAGCUUAGAUGGAAAUGGGUAGAAAACUAUUGCUGGAGCCAUGGCUGCUUAAGAAGCCAGAACCAAUGCAAUGACAAAUGGGACAACUUGCUCCGUGAUUACAAGAAGGUUCGUGACUAUGAAUCCAAAUCAGAAUCCAAAGAUCAUAACUAUAACUUCCCUUCUUAUUGGACCCUCAACAAACAACAAAGAAAAGACCACAAUCUCCCUUCCAACAUGGUCUUUGAAAUCUACCAAGCCAUAAGUGAUGUUCUUCAAAGGAAAAAUUCUCAAAGAUUUAUUACAACCACCACCCCACAACAACAACAACAACAACAACCUCUUGUCACAUUAGUCACUUCAACACCACCACCACAACAUCCACAACCACUUCAAGCACAACCUCUUCCACCACCACCUCCUCCACCACCACAACCGCCAGCUACCUCCAUCACUCCGGCUGGUUCAGAGAAAACAGAAUCAUCAGGGUCAGAGCAAAGUGAUCAGGAAGAAAACAAUGGAUCAGAAUCAUCAAAACGCAGGAAAGUGAGGAACAUUGGUUCAAGCAUAAUGCGAAGUGCAUCGGUGCUAGCAAGAGCUCUGAGGAGUUGUGAGGAGAAGAAGGAGAAGAGGCACCGUGAGAUGAUGGAGCUGGAACAGAGGCGGAUUCAGAUGGAGGAGAAUCGGAAUGAGGUUCACCGACAAGGCUUAGCCACCCUUGUCACAGCUGUGUCCAACCUCUCUGGUGCCAUUCAAUCAUUCAUUAAUUCUCAACGCCAUGGCCAAAGAUAAAGAAGAAGAAAAAAAGUCAUAUUAUUAUAGUAUUAUUUAUGAAGCCAUUCUUUCUCUACCACUUUUUUAAAAUUCAAUUGGAGUCUAAUAUUUUUGAGUCAGUACUUCACUACUACCCAUUAGAUGCAUGAUACAUGUUCUAUUCUUUGAUGGAGAUCAAAACCAAUUGGGUCAUGUUGAUUGUUUAUUUGGACAAUAUUGUUGAUCUGGUGAUUAUGAUGUAUAUAAUUUUAAUUUUAUUCA